CUGGUCGACAUCGUUACGAACAUACGCACGAACUACCACGUCGCCGACUUUUUCUUCGCCGACGACUUCAACUACCUACACUCAUUUAACCAAUUCUACUCUCCUCUAUCCGCCCUUCCCUUCGACACUCUCGACAUUUCUAUUCACUUCACCACCGACGACGACGACGACUUCGAAAUGGCUGGAUACCCGCCAAGCGGCCCGCCCAACGAUGGCGACGAGUAUGGCGAGGAGUGGGCUCGCGACCUGAGGGUCAAGUUUGAGUCUCUCCUCCGCGACAAGCGAAUGAACGAUCUACGAACAUCAUCCCGACAAGGCACCCCCCAACCGAGAGAAUCCGCGAGCAGUGCAAACCUCCGUGGCCUGGCAUCUCCCGGUCGACCUUCAACUUCACACAGCAAUGCCGGCUCACCCAUGCCGCCAACACCACCUGCUUACUCUUCCAUCCGCCACCUUCCCAUCAUUCCCACCCCUCCCGCCGCCAACGACCGCGACUCGCAAAAAUUCCGCAACCUCAUGAUCAGCCUUUCUCUGACCCCGACAAAGUACGAAAACCCCGGUUUGCUGGAUGAGGCCCUGCAGUGCAUACCGCUCGACCGGAUAUACGGCGAGGCGGAAGAGGAAUGCCAAGUCAUGCAGGCCGAGGCCGAGAGUAUGGGCGAUGGACGCAAGGCCACUUGGGGAUACCAAGAUUGUGUCAUUCGGGCACUUCUGAGAUGGUUCAAGAGAUCCUUCUUCACGUGGGUCAACAACCCACCUUGCCCCGUCUGCCUUUCGCCUACCGUCGCCCAAGGCAUGACUGCACCGACACCCGACGAGAGCGCCUGCGGUGCCCUCCGAGUUGAGCUCUACCGCUGUUCAGCUGGCGACUGCGGUGCCUACGAACGAUUCCCGAGGUACGGUGACGUGUGGCGUCUUCUGCACACCCGUCGCGGCCGUGUUGGCGAGUGGGCCAACUGCUUCAGCAUGCUCUGCCGCGCUGUUGGAGGCAGAGUCCGCUGGGUUUGGAACGCCGAGGACCACGUGUGGACCGAAGUUUACUCAGAACACCAGAAGCGCUGGGUUCACGUCGACGCUUGUGAGGAGGCUUGGGACAACCCGAGGCUCUACACCGAGGGAUGGGGCAAGAAGAUGUCCUACUGCAUCGCGUUUUCCAUCGACGGAGCCACGGACGUCACUCGCCGCUAUGUCCGCAAGAGCGAGCACGCUGCCGAGAGGAAUCGAUGCCCCGAGGAGGUCCUCCUCUACAUCCUCCAAGAAGUCAGGAACAUCCGCCGCAGCAACAUGGGCAAGGACGAGAGGUUCAGACUCGAGAAGGAGGACAGUCGGGAAGACCGCGAGCUUCGCGGAUACGUCAUCAAGUCGAUUGCCCAGGCCGUCACCGAUCUCGUUCCGGGCAUGCCCAGCCCUUCCACCAGCGCUCCCCCUACGAAUCAGGCUCCUCAGAGGCGCGAAGACACCAAGCUGCCUGCUGAGCAGCCCGGCCGUCAAACGGGAGCCGCCGAGUACCUGGCCGCCCAGGCCAACGCGAGGAACCACCAGCAAUAUCCCCCGCAUAACCCGAACCACCGCCGCGAUCUGCCUUGA